AUGUCAGCACACACACGUCCCUUCUCCGCGCGACCAGUUUCCUCGCGUCCCGCAACCAGCAUGUCGCGGGCUUGGAAUGCACAGUCGCGACCCACUACGGCACGUCCUCAGACAGCCGCGUCCAUUAGGCAUGAGUCCAGCUACAUUAUCGCCGUGCUUGAAGGCAGAGGUGUUGCUCGUGAAGUUGGGAUCGCUGCUUUGGAGAAAGAUACAGGCAGGGUGUCUCUUAUACAACUCGCAGACAGUCCGACUUAUGUCAAAACAAUACAUCAACUUCAUCUGCACUCACCAUCUCUCAUUCUCGUCCCAGAUACAUUUCUGUCGGUUGCGGAUGUCUCCCUAGCCUCAGGAGGCAAGAAGCCUCCAACGACCUCAAUCCUCGUUCAAUGCAUGAUGGAAGAGUUUGACAUACCAAUUGAACCAGUACUCAGAAAAUAUUGGAACGAGACUGCAGGGCUUGACUUCGUCAACCAACUGAUCGUAGACGAUGAGGAAGGCGCCGCCACACUCGUCGCCGCAUCGAGCAAAUACUACGCACUCUCAGCAGCCAGCGCCCUCUUUAAGCACGCUGAAGCGAAGCUCAACCUGCGCUUUGCCGCUGGCUCUCUGCUUAUUCGCUACGUGCAGGUAAAUGGGACAAUGAUGAUAGAUCCAGAGACUGCCCGUAAUUUGGAGCUUGUCGGCAACAUGUCCAAUAAGAAAUCAUCACAUUCACUUUUUGGCCUGCUGAACUAUACCUAUACUGCCAUGGGUGCUAGGCUCUUACGCGUCAAUAUUCUUGCUCCUCUCACUGUGCACUCAUCCAUCGAAGCUCGAUUGGACGUCGUUGAGGAACUCAUACAAAGCGAAGAUCGCUUCAAUGAAGUGAAGAACGCUCUGAAAACAUUCAAUAAGAUGGACUUUGACAAGCUCAUUUGUUCUCUUGCCGCCUCAGAAGCCAGAGAGACAACGAAUGCGAAACCUGCUGCUGCUCGCGUAGCUCAGAUGCUCAACUUGCGCAACAUCGUGAAGGGCUUACCCCUCUUGGCAAACACUUUACAAGGCAGCCGCUCAGAGUUACUCAAUAUUGUGGCAGAUAUGAUCAGUGAUGAACGCCUAGAGAAGAUCGAACGACUCGUGCGGCAGAGUCUCAAUGAGGAAGCUGUGCCCGCGAAGGGUGGGAUCGGUGCUGUCAACGCUCGCGUGUACGCCGUCAAGGCAAAUUAUAACCGCUUAUUGGAUGUCGCACGUGAGACAUACAAGGAGAAUGUGGGCGACAUAUUCUCCCUUAACCGCGAGCUUUCGGAGCAGCACAAUCUGCCAAUCACCCUUGUAUAUCAGGAGACCGGCUUCGUGUUUGCUUUGAAGAAGACUGACCUUGAAGGAGAGCUCCCAAAAGGAUUCAUCAACGUCACAAUGCAGAAAGGCCGAUGGUUGUUUUCCAGUGUUGAAUUGAAAAAACGGAACGCUCGAAUGAAGGACGCGCUCGAUGAGACGUUGAUCCUCAGUGAUAGAAUCAUACAGGAGUUGACGGUUGAACUCGUGGUAGAUAUUGGGGCGCUGUACAAAGCGUCAGAGGCUGUGGCAAUACUCGACAUGUUGUGGUCCUUUGCGCAUGCCUCCAUUCUGCGGCCUGAAUUUACAGGGACGCUAGCCAUCAAGGCAGGUCGACAUCCGAUACUGGAAAGCGUUCAGUCCGCAGGGACACUGGUACCCAACGACGUGUUCUGUUGCGAAGCAUCCUCCUUCCAGAUUGUACAGGGACCAAACUCAGGAAAGAGUACGUAUCUUCGACAAAUCGGUUUGCUAACAGUCGUGGCCAUGUGUGGCUGCUUCGUCCCUGCCGAAUAUGGAAGCUUCAGGUUACAUGACGCCUUACUCACUCGGCUAUCCAAUGACGACGAUAUUGAGAAGAGCCUUAGUACAUUUGCCAAUGAGAUGGCUGCAUCGGCAAUGAUCCUAGGAAUCGCAACUCCGAACUCACUCAUUCUGAUUGACGAGCUUGGUCGUGGUACCUCCCCUAGAGAUGGUGUCGGCAUCUCACACGCCAUAGCAGAAGAACUCAUCAGGUUGAAGUCAUAUGUAUUUUUCGCAACACACUUCAAUGAAUUGACCACGACGCUGUCCCGUCAACCUUCCGUCGUGAAUCUACACCUUGCGGUGCAGAAAACGCGCCGCACCACUUCCAACAUUGGGAUGUCCUUCCAGUACAGGAUCGUCGACGGAGCCCCAGACGACUCUGGUCACUAUGGCUUAGAAUUAGCCCGCCUCGCUGAUCUGCCCGAGGACGUCAUUGUCGAGGCUCAACGAGUAGCAGACAAGCUCAGCGAGUUGGAGGAACGCGAACAUCGCGAAAGUCACACGAAUAAGAUUGCAGUUCGCCGCAAGGCACUUCUCAGGCUCCGCACUCAGUUGACACAGGCGCUUGAUCACUCGACGCUCCCGGAUGAAGAACUCGCAGCAUAUCUCGCGCGCUUCCAGAAAGAUAUCACGCAGGUUCUUCAUGAUACUUUGUAA